AUGGCGGUAUCAAACAACUUCAAAUCUGGCAAUAUUUCUUUUAGUGGGUAUCAUGCAGAAACCAAUGGUCUGCCUUCUACAGCUGUGUGCAAUAAUACACUAUUACCUCUGUUGCCGGAUCACAUUCAAUCACCUGCCACUGUUCGACAUUUAAUCAAUAUUAUAUCAUCUAUUAUUGAUAAUGUGAAUUAUGGUCAACCAGUUGUUAUUACUGCAGAUCAACCAGUAUUUGCGAUUGCUAAGCAACUUCAGUGGAAAUACCCUGAUCUUUAUGGUGAGGAUAAAAUGAUUAUAAUGAUGGGGGGACUUCACAUUGAGAUGGCUAUUGAAAAUAUGAUUGGAAAGUGGUUAUCUGGAAGCGGUUGGACCGAAUUAUUUUUCAAGACUGAAAUCGCAAGUUCUGGACGUAGUGAAACGUUGCUUAAGUCUUCACAUGUUAAAAGAACUAGAUACGCUCAUGAAGUUAGUAUUGCAGCACUUUACAUUCUAAGAAACAACGCAUAUAGAGAUAACCAAAAAACGGCAGUGGAGUCUCUGGAAACAUGGGUGGCUCGAAGAUGCAAAGAAUCUGCUCAGUUUUUAUUUUGGCAGACGACCAUAAUUUUGGAGGGCAUAUUACUUAACUUUGUUCGUAGCAUACGUACUUCUGAUUUCUGUUUAUUUGUCCAAAUGCUCGAAGAGCUUUGUCCUUGGUUGUUUGCUUUAGAUCUUAUUCAUUAUUCACGAUGGCUUCCUGUUUUCAUAAAAGGGCUCAAAGAACUACCAGUGCGACACCCGCAAGUUUAUGAAGCAUUCCAGAAAGGUCAUUUCACAAGUAGAAAAACUAAUGCUGAUUUCUCCGCAAUUUCCGAUGAUCAAUUGCAUGAACAAAAUAACAAACUAAUAAAAGGAUGUAGUGGAGCUAUCAACAAUUUGCAUAAUAAUGAUGCUCUUCUUAAAUGGAUGGUGGCCGGUCCGGAAAUCUCACGAAUGAUACAUGAUUAUGACCAGAUUCCAGUGCACAAUUUGUCUAAUAAAGUUCCAAAUCGGUGUCAUCAUGAAUGUUCAGCAAGCUUUCAAUCUCGAUAUAUUAGUCAUGUUUCAAAAAUGGUUAAAUAUAUGCAGGAAGACGGCAAUCCAUUUUCUGAACAACUUUUGCAAACUAUCGACAACCAAAAAAUUUUAAUGUCUCAAUCUGCAGAGAACUCCGUUAGACAAGCGGAACAAAAAGAAAAUUUUGUAAAAGAACGUUUAAUUUUCGGUCAAAAAUCUUUUUAUGAUUCAUUGUCUAAAAACAAUUUGGAACUAUUUCAUGGCCCUAAAAAGACAUGUAACAAAACUAAGCUUAGAAUAACAGAUCUUAAACAUGACUCAAACAUAUUUUGUCAAAUGUAUGUGGCCAGUCAAAGCCGCACAGGCAACGUGGAAGAUUUUUUUGCUCACGAAAAUAAAUAUUAUCCUCCAUCCAUUUCCGAAUUUGGCAAGAAACGGAAGUUUGCCGAAAUUGUAAGUGUAGACGCGGCGAGUUACGAUGUACAAAGCUUUGCGCAUGUAAUGGAGAUUGCAGUGAAGAGCCAAUCAGUCAUGAUUCGAUUAACUUAG